GUUCACUUACUAAGAGAUCUACGGGGCAGCCAUUUUGAUUUUAAUUGUAAACAGUCAUUGUGGAAUUUUCUCUAGAUUUCUCCUUCCUUCGGGAUGGAAGAAACAAAAAUUAUAUACUAUAUUGACGAUGAAGAUACUCCAUAUCUAAUUAAGCUACCAAUACCUGCUGAUCGAGUUACGUUAGGCGAUUUUAAGAAUGCAUUGAAUCGACCGAAUUAUAAAUUCUUUUUCAAAAGUGUGGAUGAUGACUUUGGGGUUGUAAAAGAAGAGAUCAUUGAUGAUGAAGCUAGGUUACCAUGUUUCAAUGGACGUGUUGUUUCAUGGCUUGUUCCUGCAGAGAACAGUACAUCUGAUACUCAGUCCCAGUGCACAGAUUCAGGGACAGGUGAUGUUCAUGUUCCACCAGAGAGGGUGGGCGGUAUAGGAGACAGUAGACCACCGUCAUUUCAUGCAAAUGCAUCUGUUGUCAGUCGUGACCAAACCUGUGAUACCUGCACAGAAACUGAUUCAGUUCUAAGCUCGCGCCGAGAUGGACGAUCUAGACAAAGUUAUAGCCAUUAUAGAAACCACCAUCGCCUUAACAAUGAAUCUAAUGCUCCCCGUCACAAUGGACACCCUAAACAUGAGAGGCACCGACACAUGUACGGCGACACGUCCACAAUGGCUAGUAGUGACCUUGACACAACCAGUUUCUUUGACUCAGAGGAUGACAGUCGAUUCUCAACUGUAACGGAAACAACCAACCGAUCCUCCUCACGUUACGGGCGACAUCGGCGAAGGAGGCGGAAACAUAAACUGCCACCAAUCAGCAGAGCGUCAUCUUUCAGUAGUAUAACCGAUUCAACCAUGUCUCUAAACAUUAUUACGGUGACUCUUAAUAUGGAUACAGUUAAUUUCCUUGGAAUCAGUAUUGUAGGCCAAAGUAACAAAGGUGGGGAUGGGGGAAUUUAUGUGGGAUCCAUAAUGAAAGGAGGUGCUGUGGCCCAGGAUGGAAGGAUAGAGCCAGGAGACAUGAUUUUAGAAGUAAAUGGUGUUAGUUUUGAAAACAUGAGUAAUGAUGAUGCAGUACGAACCCUCCGAGAAGCUGUAACAAAACCAGGUCCUAUAACUCUAGUCGUAGCCAAAUGUUGGGACCCUAAUCCAACCAAGGGAUACUUUACAGUACCACGUCAGGAACCUGUACGACCUAUUGACCCCUCUGCAUGGGUGGCCCACACUACAGCCAUGCAGAGAGAGUAUAUGACUCGUAUCGGGGGCCCUGCCCCAUCCAUUAGCAAUAUGACUUCCACAAGUUCUUCACUAACAAGCUCAAUACCAGAAUCAGAAAGGUUUGAUGAUCUGAACCUGUCCAUCAAUACAGACAUGGCUACAGUGGUAAAGGCUAUGGCCCAGCCUGACUCUGGGCUUGAAAUCCGUGAUAGAAUGUGGUUAAAAAUUACGAUACCUAAUGCAUUUAUAGGUUCAGACCUAGUAGACUGGCUGUUUACACAUGUAGAUGGCUUCGCUGAUAGGAGAGAUGCCAGGAAGUAUGCCUGUAAUUUACUGAAGGCAGGAUUCAUUCGACACACAGUCAACAAAAUCACAUUCUCCGAACAGUGCUAUUAUAUAUUUGGGGAUAUUUACGGAAAUGGGCCCAUGUAUCCAGAUUUGUCAGCAUUGAGUCUGGAGGAUGUUGACUCGGUAUCGGAGGCAGAUCGUGACACUCUGGCCCCCCUGCCGCCCCCUCACUGGAACAACCAGUACCCCUACAGUGGUAAUCCUAUGUACCUGCCUCCGAACCUCAGCUAUAUCCCUCCCUAUAGCUACACCAGCACAGACUCGCAGAGUUACAUAGGGAGCUUUGUGGACGGAGACAAGAGUCAGGUCAGUGGAAUGACGGGGCUCACUGCGGGAGCAGGAGGUGCAGGAGGGGGCAAUAACAGUGCCGGAAGUGUCCACAGUGCCUCAGUCGCCCCCAAAGACUGCACAUGUAUACUCAGUACUUACAAUCAUAUCCGAAAAUUAUGGACAGACAAAGAUAAAGAACUCUAUAAUCAUCAACACCAACAUGUUCAUAGCACGGGGACCCACACAGGGGGUGACCCACCCCCCACAGAUCACCGGCACGAUCACGCCAGGACACAGGGGACGCUGACAGGGGGAGCUAACUCUCUAUCUGACCCCAGGAUCCAAUCCGCCUAUUCCAAAUCCUCCUUAGCUAGCUCCACUGGGAGUAGUGCUUCUGGGAGCAGUCGAAAAGAGAAGGACAGGAAGUCUGGAAGUCCAGCAGGAAGUGGUAGUGACUCAGAUAAUGCCAGCUUGGCAAGUGCCAGGAGGGUAAAUCUUGUACCAUCACCAAGGGAUCUAUCCAAUAUGCCACAAGACCUUAGUGGUAGUAGACAGUCUUUCAAAAUGGCAAUGGGAAAUCCUUGUGAGUUCUUUGUGGAUGUCAUGUGAUCAGUCAUGUGGCCCCUUUACAGCCAAUCAGAUUUCAUACAAAAGUUUGCAUGAUCUUUUCUCUUUUCUUAAAAAAACCCCUUAAGUAUGAGUUUUGCUGCGAUAUCAAAAGUACACUGUCAUUACAACUGGUUUGUACACAGGACAGCCAGAGACUUUGUAAACUUUAUGUGAGCAUUAUGAUACAAAUCUUUUUUGUAUAUUUAGAACAAUUUUAUAGUUGCAUGAUAAUUCAUUUUAUUUGUCCAACAUAUAAUUGAUGUUUUAUAGCAUGCCAGCAGAAGUAUUAUUUAUUUAGGGAUAUUGUGAGAAAGUGAAAGGUGUGGAAGUGAGAUAGGAAGAGAGUUUUUUUUUCAAAGUGAAUGUUACUUGUAUAAUUUUAUGUUUGUUUUAUAAAUAAGUGUUUCAGAGUGCAAUUUCCAUGUAUUUCAUUUGUUGUAAACUUGGUUUGUUAAUCAUGUCAACUCCUGUAUUAACCAUUACCACUUUCUCAAAAACUCUUACAUAUUCUAAGAAAAAUUUGGUGCUUUCUAUUUUCGCUUAUGUACAAGAAAUCUAAACUAACGUCUCUAUCCAAUAAUUGUAAUUAAACUUUGCUGAUGAUGCUGACUUUUCUCUCCUGUAGGCGACUCUGUCAUGGAUUCAUGACCUUUGGCCUUCCUAGAUCUUUCUAGUGUCCAUGGCAACGACUUCCAUAUAUGGAGUGGCUGACGUGGUGCAUGUCCUGCUGCUAGGAGUCUCAUGCUUGGUGCUGAGUGGUUGGCUGAUAUUAUCUUAGAGAAAUUCUGCAACAUAAUCUGUCUUCAUAUUUUACUCUUUAAACUCCCACAUGUGAUGAAAUAUUCUUUGUUGUGGCUUCAUCUCAGUUGGCAUGUCUCUGUCCUCCUCAUGUUCAUUCUUUACACCUGGAUCUUCUUUUUUUAUUUCAUUUGACAGUUUCUGGAUUUUUUAUGGAUUUUUCUUUGUUGGAAAAGUAUUUCCAUCAAUACUUUCUAAAAAUUUCUUGCAUGAAUCCAACCUUUUCUCUAAUCUUCUGCCAAUAUUUUGUCCAGAUUGAGUUUUGCAUGUGGUCUUUGAUAUAACAGUGUCUUGGUAUAAUUUCUGUCACUUAGUUUUUCUAAAUUUUCAUUGUUUUGUUGGUUUUCACCUUAUUUUUGGUGCUGAUUAGUGUGAUUUAAUAUUUUCAAAUAAAACUGUUCCUAUGGUAACAGCUGCCAAAAUAGAUUUUUGUACAAACUGUUGUGAAUUGCCCACCAAACAUAUCUGAUCGUCAAAUAUGCAAGGCAUUGUAAACCAUCUUGGUUGUAUUUCACAUGUGAAUGAAGUGAUUGAUUUCCAUUCUGCUCUUGACAAUGUAUAACCUUUUUUACCCCAGUGUCACAGACUUACAAAUGUACCACAGUCACAUUUCAGAUCAAAAUACAUUUCAAUGGUAUUCACCAUAUUUGCUGCUUCAGAAAGGUUGUAAAGUCGUGCCUUUUCAAUGUUGGAACAUUUCUUGGUUGCUUAAAUACAAGACAGUGUUGUAUAAUAAAAAUUUCUCAUAAUAUUCAUAGUUCAUUCUUCAAAAAAUAAAUUGCCAAUAUAUAUACAAAUUAUCCAGAAUCAUUUGAAAACUUCAGAUGUUCUUUGAAAAAUAUAGUGAAUUUUCUCAAACAUCCACUUCUGAUACUUAAUUCCCUCUCAAUAUAGUGAAGCAGGUCUUCUAGCUGUAGUUUCUUUGGUAGUAUGCCAUUUGUAAAACCAAUUGUAGAUGCAUUGAAAAGACCUUUGACACAGUUCUGACCGUUUUCAAUGAACCAUGUCACAUGUUUAUCACUUAUUCUAUCAUCACUCUAAAUAGUAUUAUGCUGAAAUUGUAGAAUGUACAUGAGGGUCACAUGACCAAUAUUAAAAAAAUAUUUCACAAACA